AUGAAACAUCCUUUUGGUUAUUUUAGUAAUACGGUAUAUGAGGAUAAUGAUCCUAAGGAAUUCAUUCCUUCUAGAAAAUGUCGUGACCUCCAACGGUCUUAUCUGAAUCCUUUAGAAAAUUUUAGAAGAGGAACGCUGCCUUGCGGCAGCUAUAAAAUUAUUGUGGAUUUGUCGAGUUUUAUGAAGGAGGAAUUGAAUGGUCAGGAUGUUAUUAGAAUAUUAGUUUGGUUAAUGAAGGAGAAAUAUAAGCUUAAAAUUGAGGAAAAUAGGAGCGUAUUCCUUAUUAAUUUUUAUAAUCUGCCUGCUUUGACAUUCGUAUGA